CAUCUUCAUCCACUGCGCUUUGCUGCUUCCACAUACAUAUUCACCGCUGCUUGCUACACUCGGACAUUACAGGAUCCCAUUGGCGAGCUUCACAUACGCGUUCGUGGUCGGCAUUGAGCUCCCAUGGCCAGUACCGCCGUGAAGCAGCCGACGGCGACGGCGCCCACUCUGCAAGAGUCGCAGACCAAUGCUCUCCUCACUCUGCUAAAUCUCAACAAUGCGGUGGAACCACCAAGUAACCCUCUCGCAAACCCGCCGAAGCAUGCAUCGUCAACCAAGACGCCUGUUCAGGCCGGUCCCCCCGUAUGGAAAGUUCUCGUUCUGGAUCAGCACACCAAGGAUGUCCUUGCAACAGUGCUGCGCGUCCAGGACCUGCGAGAUGUCGGAGUGACGCUUCAUGUACAGUUGCAUUCCAACCGGCCGCCACUACCAGACGUGCCGGCCGUGUACUUCGUAUCCCCGACAUUGACCAACAUCCGGCGCAUGGCGCAAGACCUGGAGAAGGGCCUAUACGAGUCGUUUCAUCUGAACUUUGUGGAGCCGUUGCCCAGAGCACUACUUGAAGAGCUUGCUGCAGCGGUGGCGCGGGAUGGUACAGGAGAGCUCGUAGAGCAGGUUCUUGACCAAUACCUCUCGUUCAUCGCCCCUUCACCCUCGCUAUUCUCACUCCUUCCGCCUCCGACGGCCGCGUCUGCCUCUGAACCCAACACUCCGCAGCAAUCCGGCUCUUCGCAAGCCCAUUCGACAUAUACCCUCCUCAAUUCCCCGUCAUCAAGCGAACAGCAGAUCGAAGAAGAGAUAGAACGUAUAGCGAGUGGAUUGUUCAGCGUCGUAGCGACCAUGGGCCAUGUCCCAAUCAUACGAUGCCCAAGGGGAAACGCUGCGGAGAUGAUUGCAAAGAAACUCGAGACAAAAAUCCGGGAUGCCAUCCUGUCCGCAGCGCGCUCGCACACCACCUCACUAUUCACGCAAGAUACGACGGGGCUAUCAAAUUUGCAGCGACCUCUGCUACUUAUCCUCGACAGGAACGUGGAUCUCGUCCCCAUGAUGUCGCAUGGGUGGACGUAUCAAGCGCUUGCCUCAGAUUGCCUCGAGAUGAAGCUUAACCGCGUUGUCGUCUCACAGCCACAGAAGCGUUCAUACGACCUCGACUCGAAGGACUUCUUUUGGGCGAAGAACGCGGCGAACCCAUUCCCACAAGUCGCGGAGGACAUCGACACGGAGCUGAAUCGGUACAAGCAGGACGCGGCGGAAAUUACACGAUCUACGGGCGUCAGCGAUGUCAGCGACAUCGCACAGAUGGAUCUGUCGGCCAACGCCACCCACUUGAAGACGGCCAUUACCGCUCUACCUGAACUCACGGCACGCAAGGCAGUGUUGGAUACGCAUAUGAACAUCGCCACGGCGCUGUUGGAGGAGAUCAAGAAGCGUGGACUUGAUGAGCUGUUCAGCACAGAAGAAGCCAUCAAUAAGCAGACCGUCCAAACGGUUCUGGAAACCCUGCGGCAUCCGAAGGAUAGUGCCAACCCGACACCCCUCGACAAGCUCCGACUCGUACUCGUGUUCUACCUCUCCUGCCCCGACAACGCCAUCUCCAAGACUGAUAUUGCCGAGCUUGAGAAGGAGCUGAAGGCCGCAGGGGCAGACGUGGCCGCGUUCGAGUAUGUCAGACGGACACGAGAGAUCUCACGGAUGACUGUGCCGAGCGCAAUGGGCGGAACCUCUACGCCCAACGUUGCGGGCAACACGCCCGGCGGCGAGCUCUUCAGGGGUUUCGGCGCCCUGAGCAGCAGGCUCACAGACAGGCUGAAGGAUGGCGGCCUGGAGAACCUAAUCUCCGGCGUGAAGAACUUCCUGCCGGCGAACAAGCUCCUGCCAGUGACGCGUCUGGCAGAGGCACUGAUGGAGUCGUCCGCCGCGUCCAACCAGUCACUGCAGGAGACAGACGAGUACCUCUUCCUCGAUCCGCGCGCCCCUCGCAACGCUGCUGGACUCGGCCUGUCUGGCGUGAAUGCCCCGGUGGGUGCUGCUACGACCGGCGGACGAGCGAAGCGGAUGGCUUUCACAGAUGGGACUGUGUUCGUCGUUGGCGGCGCUGGGUACGUCGAGUAUGGCAACCUCGAGGAGUGGGCGAAGCGGAUGGGAAAGAGGGUCACGUACGGUGGUACGGAAAUUUUGGAUCCCGGAGGAUUCGUACAGGUAUUGGAGGGUUUGGGAAAGUCGGGAGCACAGGGUUGAGGCUUUGAAGUCUGGACGCUACACUAUUGACUCAAAUAGCAUUCUUGGUUCUGCAGGGGCUCGGAUGAUGCAACUGACUGGUAUAUGUUUAACCGCAGCUCAUCUCUCUGUGCUGUCCAAACCUUCCGCUCAACAAAGGCGAGCCUGGCGAGCACAUAUACCG